AUGCGGCUUGUGGAGUUUUCUGGUGCAUCUGAAUCCGGUUCCCCUGAAGGCCAUGGGGUGUGCGCUGCACCCAGUAGUGAAAAGGAUUCUACAUUCUUUCACACUUCGUCUGGUCUGGAACAAGGAACAAAGGCGUCGCGCUCUUCCGCCACGAAACAUUGGCUACGCCUUUGCCUGCAUGCGUUCUCGUCCGUUAUUG